AUGGAGACCCAGAGCGGCCUGGAGCAGAGAGUGUCCGCCCCCCGGUACUGCCUGCUGCGGGAGCUGGGCAGAGGGACCUACGGCGUCGUGUACGAAGCCAAGUCCAGGAAGUCCGGUGCAAACGUAGCCGUGAAGAAACUCCGCUGCGACGCGCCUGAGAACGUGGAGCUGGCGCUGCAGGAGUUCUGGGCUCUCAGCAGUUUGGAGAAACGACAUGAAAACGUGGUGCAUUUGGAAGAAUGUGUGCUGCAGAGAAAUGGCCUGGCCCAGAAGAUCAGCCACGGGAACAAGCGGUCCAAACAGUACCUGCGGCUGGUGGAGACCUCCCUCAAAGGCGAGAGAGUCCUCAGCUCCCCGGAUGAACCCUGUUACCUCUGGUUUGUAAUGGAGUUCUGUGAAGGGGGGGAUCUGAACCAUUUCAUUCUAUCUCGCAGUCCUGACCCACAGACCAACAAAAGCUUCAUGCUGCAGCUGACCAAUGCUGUGGCCUUUUUGCACCAAAACAACAUAGUGCACCGAGACCUCAAACCAGACAACAUCCUCAUCUCCCACGCGUCUGGUUCACCUGUUCUCAAAGUGGCCGACUUCGGACUGAGCAAGGUCUGUGCCGGCUCCAGAAAUGACGCUGAAGGCAAAGAGCGCGAAGAUAACCACAAAAACGUCAAUUUGAACAAGUGUUGGUUGUCCUCCGCCUGUGGUUCAGACUUCUACAUGGCGCCGGAGGUUUGGGAGGGCCAUUACACCGCCAAGGCUGAUAUCUUUGCCAUGGGUAUAAUCAUUUGGGCCAUGCUGGAGAGGAUCACGUUCAUUGAUGCAGAGACAAAGCGGGAGCUGCUCGGGACGUACGUGAGGCAGGCGGGGGGCAUCGUGCCGGUGGGCGAGGCGCUGCUGGAGAACCCCAAGAUGGUCCUCAGUAUCCCACAGAAGCGGAGGUCCCAGAUGUGUGAAGGGGUGAGGAAGCUGCUGCGGGACAUGCUGGCGGUGAAUCCUGCCGACCGACCCGAUGCCUUCCAGCUACAGAGCAGGAUGGACCAAGUCGACUCCGCCUGA